UUUUUUGAUUGGCUUCCAUUCAAUGCAACAGAAUGUUUAAAUUAUUUUCUUUUGUUAUCUUCCAUUGUUGGCUUCAUGCUCAAGUGUUAGGCAAAGAUGCAGUAGUAUACAGUACAGUCUGUUUCCUCAGACACAGGCGUUGUAAAAAGUUAUGAUUUAAUUUAGUUUAAUUGGAGACAACGUGGCAGAACAAUACUGACUGGUUUCUCUCGCCGCAGCACUCCUGCUGCUGCUGCCAUCGACCAAUCACGAGCAGGACAGUAGCGAGAGAGACUGACUGUGUGAGGACAGGCAGGUGGGGAUCCAGACCUCUGCAGCUCCAUCACUGGCUGGACUCAACUGUUGCUUCAAAUUCAGCUUCUGUCGCUGCACCAGGAUGUCAGAGACGAUGAUGAAGACGAGGAUGCCUCCACUGCUGCUCUGUCUGCUCCUCCUCAUCCUCCGGGGAGAGAGUAAACCCACAGGGAUGAGAAACCGAGUGCACCAGGAGGAGGCGCUCAGUGAACUGGAGCACGACGAUGAAAAAAACUACUACUUUGACCACGAGGUUUUUCUGGGCAAAGAAGACGCGAAAGUCUUUACGCUGCUGACGCCCGAGGAGAGUAAACAGCGGCUCAGCAUCAUAGUGGACAAGAUGGACGUGGACAACGAUGGAGCCAUCUCGCUGAAGGAGCUCUCCCUCUGGGUGAAGCACGCUCGGGCCAAAAACAUUUUCAGAGAAGUGCAGAACCGGUGGAAAGAAUUUGACGCCAACGAAGACGGUAUGAUCAGCUGGGACGAGUACAAGAACACCACCUACGGACUGUUCCUGGCGCAACCUGAGCUGGCUGACCACGACCACACCAGGAUGGCCCAACGGGACGAGAGGCGUUUCCGAGCGGCAGACAGGAACGGAGACAUGAUGGCCGACCUGAAAGAGUUCACUAAUUUUAUUUAUCCCGACAGCUUUCCUCACAUGAGGCACAUUGUGGUGCAGGAAGCAAUCGAGGACCUGGACAGGAACAACGACGGUGUGAUUGAUGAGAAUGAAUACAUCGGUGACGUAAUUACUGAUGCUGACACAGAUAAGGAUCUUGAUUGGAUGACACGAGAACGUCAGGCCUUUAAAGAAUCGAAAGACAAGAACAAAGACGGGGUCAUGGACAAAAAGGAAAUCCAGGACUUGAUUUUCCCGCCAGAUUACGACUUCACUGAUGUGGAGGCGAGACAUCUGGUUAACACCACAGACGCCAACAAGGAUGGUAAACUGACAAAGGAGGAGAUUCUGGACAAAUACCAAGUUUUUGUAGGAAGUCAUGUGACAAACUAUGGGAAGGCCUUACACGAUGAAUUUUAGAAACAAGAACAACAUUCUGGAGUUCUAAGAAUGUAUUUGUUUUGAAAAAGUUCUGAAAAGUUUACUUUGGAAAAGGAGGUGGAAUUAGGCAUAUUUACUAUUUCCUUUUUUUUUUGCACUGGGCACUUCUUUCUUCUCUGUUGUUUGUGCAGUUAUC